ACGGAGAGAGAGAGAAAGAGAGAGAGAGGAGAAAGAGAAAGAGACAGAGAGAGAGAGAGAGAGGCAGGGAGGGAGGCAGGCAGGAAGAGUUCGACCACACACUGCAGAAGGGAUCGCCGCCAUGGGAAACACGCAGGAGAAACCCGCGGGCAGCGGCGGAGGGAGAGCGGAUCAGUACCAGGCCCCGGCGGGGAGCGGGACGAGGAGCCGCGGCAGCACGGAAACCCCCCACGCGCAGAGAGCUCCAAAGAAGGGGGUGGCCAACGGCGCACAGAGGGACGUCAGCCUGGCCGGGGGCGGUCAAGGGGCGCGGGGCAGCCCCGCGGAGGACACGAGUUACCUGGAUGCCCCCGCCGGGGCCCUGCCUCCUCACCUGGCUCGGCUCAAGAACGAGGGAAACCGCCUCUUCAAGCACGGCCAGUUCGGAGACGCCGUGGAGAAGUACACCCGGGCCAUCGACGGGUGCGCCGAGGCAGGUGGGGACGACGUGGACGGCUUGUUCUCCUAUCGAGUGAACCCCUCACAAAUACGCAUUGAGAGUCCAGAAGACGUGUGUAUCCUCUACUCCAACAGAGCCGCCUGUUACCUGAAGGACGGAAACAGCACAGAAUGCAUACAGGACUGCACCAAGGCUUUGGAGCUGCAGCCCUACUCCUUAAAGCCCCUGUUGCGCAGAGCUAUGGCCUAUGAGUCACUGGAGCGCUACCGGCAGGCCUACGUGGAUUAUAAGACCGUCUUGCAGAUGGACACCGGGGUGCAGGCGGCUCACGACAGUGUCCACAGAAUCACGAAGAUGCUGAUCGAGCAGGACGGGCCUGAGUGGAGAGGGAAGCUUCCAGAGAUCCCCGCCGUCCCUCUGUCGGUCCAACAGCAACACAGACAGAAGCCAAUCAGCAUCGAGCUGGCCCAGGCCCGAGCCGCCAGGGCUGCACAAGACGAAGUCAGAAAACAAGAGGCCCAGUUUACUCUAUCGAAACAAAAAGGCAAUGAUCUGGUCAAGAAAGGCCACUUCCAGGAGGCUCUGGAGAAGUACACUGAAUGUCUCACAAUGAAACCCGAUGAAUGUUCUGUCUACACAAACAGAGCCAUUUGCCUCCUGAGACUGAAUCGCUUCCAAGAGGCCAAACAGGACUGUGACUCUGCUCUGCAGCUGGAGCCGGGAAACAAGAAAGCCUUCUACAGGCGAGCGCUGGCUUACAAAGGUUUACAGGAUUAUCUGUCAGCCAGCAGUGACCUCCAGGAAGUCCUCCAGCUGGACCCGAAUGUCCGGGAGGCCGAGGAGGAGCUUGAAGUAGUGACGAGCUUGCUGAGACAGAGCCUGAUGGACAGCAGUGCACACACACCAAGGGUUUGAUGUCUCUUUUCUGGAUCGAUACAGAGGGAAAAGGAAUUAAACAAGUGUGGACUCGUACUGUACUGAUCCAGUUCUGGAGGAAGAAACACUUAAAGCCAUCGACUUGAGUGAGUAAGACCUGUGAAAACAGAAAUGACUGGCGUCCAUUCCUGGGACGGGCUCCUUGGACGAGCACCUUUUCAAGCUCUGCACCAUCUGCAACCUGUGCAAACCACACUCAUAAUUCCUGAGUGCACAACCUUACAUAAGGGGCAGCUUUGUAAAAAAGGCUAAUGUCAUAAUACUUGACCUGCUUGCACUAAAUCAUUCCCAUUAUGAUGUAAUAUACUGUACAUAUAGAUUCAUGAACCAAGCUACCGAGCACUGUUAUUUGUUCAAGUGAAGCGGGGAAAGGGAGAGUGUUCUAUAAUGUGUGCCUUAUUGAGAUUUCUACUGGUUAGGGUGAAAUAUGCCAAGAUUGAAAACUUUGCUUUGAUUUGUUUUUUUUAAAGAUGUUGCGUUUUGGUCUCAAAAUGAUUCACGGAGCUCAUGAAAAAAAGGGCCGACCAUAUAGCAAGGCCCAGAAAAAGGUCGGCAAAGGUCAAUAAGACAUUAUCUUGGUACAUUUCCUAUGUAUCCAGAUUUCCAACUAUUCCAGCUACUGUACAAGGCAUGUCACUGUUUACACGUUUUAUUCUUACUGCUGCUACUUUACGAAGACGAGCCAACCACUCACUAUAAACCAUUGUCAUUACAUAAGGUUACUGCUUCAGAACAAAAAACAACUGCAGAUUUCCAAAGCUAAGACAUAACAACACUGUUGUUUCAACAAAUUCUUUACCAGAUCAUUACUCUAAACCUCCAGACUGACGUGAGCUGCUGUAACUUAUGGUUAAAAUAAUUAUUUACCUCAGUUAAAACAUCCAAUCAACCAUGUGAGCUUAGUGUCGAGGUCAUCGUUAAUAAGGUUUUUUGUUUUACUGGUCACGGGUUACUUAUGUACUGUAAGACUUACAGUAGGCGCAAUCUUGAAUGUAACCAAUCUGUUCUUACUCUGACCUUCCAGCUGCAACCAGGAAAAAGGCAAAGCUCGUCUAUUCUCACCUACUGUAUUCGUCUAAGACACACUGAAUUAUGUAUCACAGGAAAAUAACUAUAAAGUGAUCACAUGCUAAUCUAUAGAACCAAACAAUUGGUACGACUCCAAGCUUAAACAAUCAUUUAAACUCACGAGGUGUCAGACUGUGGCUGAAGUCGGAGAGUCUGCCUCUGAGUUGAUGGUAAAUGGACUGUAUUUGUACAGUGAUUUUCUUGUCCUUAAUGAAAGUGCUUUACAGUUAGAGUACACUUGCAGUGUGUGGCAUGCAGACAGAGAAGCAGGGGGUCGAACUAUAGACCUUUUGAUUGGUGGCCGACCCACGCACCAAUCUCCUCAUCCACAGCCACCCACUACUGAAAUAAUAAUGUUUAAUGAGCAUUUAGUACCUUGGAAGCCAUUUUGGAGACGAAUGAACUGAUUAGUUGGAUAAAGUACAAGAAACGGAUCGUUUCACUUGUAUUGUGUAAUUUUAUCCUCAAAUUCAGUGUUUUUUAUUUCUUCCAUUUUAGCAUUACUUUUUUUUGCAGCGUACAACAUGUUAAAAUUAUGAAUAAAAAAAUGUCUUAACAUACAACCGGAACAUUCAAUCAAUUUGAACUUACAGUAUAUCCUGUACACCGCCACUGUUCCCUCUAUACAGGUGUUUUCACUUAUUUCACCUGAUGAGCUCGUCCCAGUGUGUGGGACCUUCGAAACCAGAAAUGAAAACACCUGUGUGGAUGAGCUGGUUUCAAAUAUCUUUAUUUGUGUUCUUAAUAUGAAUAUGCAACAUCGUCCGCUUCUUGAAAUAUCCUGUCAGCUCUGUAGCAGAAAAGAAAUGUAAAAUCUUUAUACAGCACAAUGUGCCACAGGUUUUCAUUUCGUCGUACUUUUGCAGUAUUGUGUUUAUUGUCCAGCCUAAACCUUUUGUUUAACUCUUGUUUUCUUCUUCCUUCUUCUUCUGUCGUCAAAAGAAAAGAAUAGAGAUCUCAUCUGAAUGAAAACAUUCGACAUGGAGCUCGAUCGUUCUGGACAAUGUUUGUCUUGCUUCCCUGAAUGUAAAAGCAUGUACUGUAUGUAAAUAGUGUGAAUGCAUAUGUAAAUAAUAAACUGCAAUGUGAAACGA